UCUACUUUUUUGGGUUUUUUUUAAGCUUCCACUUUUUUUUCAAGCUCCUGUAGUCCUCGGGAAUGCUACCGUGCUUGUGUGUGUGGUCCUUGAGAGCCGCGGUGGAGAGACGCUGGUGACAUGUAUGUCCUCAAGACAUGUGCAGCCUGCACCAUGGGAUUGGGAAUCCUCUUUGUAAUGGUCUUCGUGCUCUCAGAUGCUGCUCUCCUGAAGAGACAAGCUUAUUUCAAUAGGACUGCGUACCUGCCAUGCCCAUUUACAAAGGCUCAAAAUAGAAGCCUGAGUGAGCUGGUCAUAUUUUGGCAGGACCAGAAAAAGUCGGUUCUGUAUGAGCACUAUUUGGGCAAAGAGAAACUCGACAGCGUGGCUGACAAGUAUCUGGGCCGCACAAGUUUUGACGGAGAUAAAUGGACUCUACGACUUCACAAUGUUCAGAUCAAGGACACGGGCUCAUAUGAUUGUUUCAUACAAGAGAAAACACCCAAAGGUUCGGUUAUCCUCCAGCAGACAGAUACGGAGCUGUCAGUGACCGCUAACUUCAGUGAACCUGAAAUAGAGUCGGUUCCGAAUAUAACAAGACAUUCUGGCAUAAAUUUGACCUGCUCGUCUAAGCAAGGUUAUCCAAAACCUAUAAAGAUGUAUUUUUGGAUAGCUAACUCAACUAAUGAGCAUGAUGAGGACAUGCAGAUAUCGCAAGACAAUGUCACAGAACUGUUCAGCAUUUCCGUUAGCCUAUCUAUGCCGUUCCCCGAAGACGUGUUCAAUGUGACUGUCUUGUGUGUUCUGGAAACUGCGUCUGUGAACAUUGUCUCCAGACCUCACUAUGUAGUUCUUCCAGAGCCCCAAAGUGGUCAAAAGGAAACUUCGUCCUGGAUUGCAGGUGCCAUUGUCGUUAUUGCGGUCUUCCUUGGAUUUCUGCUGCUGCUCCUGGUAAAAAAAUGCCUGAGGAAGCAGGAACAGCCUGGCAUCUCUUAGAAAGAAAUCAAAAUGGAGAGUGAAGAGAGUGAGAGAUUGGAGAAAG